AUGAACGUAGUCUUUGUUGCAUCUGCUUCUGAGACUCAAUGUUUCUCCUCAGACGUAAAAGCUGUUGCCUUGUCAGACCAUGUAUUUGGCGCUUUUGUUUGUGUUCAUGUUGAAUGGCAUGCUGGUUGUGAUAUUGCUGUUGAAUCUGAUGUUUGUACUGAUGCUGAGGUUGGUGUUGAUCCUGUCGCUGAUGGGGAUUUUGUGGUUGAUGCUUAUUCUGCAGUUGAUGUUGAUUCUGAGGUUGGUGUUGAUCCUGUCGUUGAUGGGGAUUUUGUGGCUGGUGCUGAUUCUGCGGUUGAUGUUGAUCCUGUCGUUGAUGUUGGUCCUGUCGUUGAUGCUGAUUCUGCAGUUGAUGCUGAUUCUGAGGUUGGUGUUGAUCCUGUUGCUGAUGGGGAUUUGGUGGUUGAUGUUGAUCCUGUCGUUGAUGUUGAUCCUGUCGUUGAUGCUGAUUCUGCGGUUGAUGUUGAUCCUGUCGUUGGUGUUGGUCCUGUCGUUGAUGCUGAUUCUGCAGUUGAUGUUGAUUCUGAGGUUGGUGUUGAUCCUGUCGUUGAUGCUGAUUCUGCGGUUGAUGCUGAUUCUGAGGUUGGUGUUGAUCCUGUAGUUGAUGGGGAUUUUGUGGCUGGUGCUGAUUCUGCGGUUGAUGUUGAUCCUGUUGUUGAUGUUGAUCCUGUCGUUGAAGCUGAUUCUGCAUUUGAUGCUUAUUCUGAGGUUGGUGUUGAUCCUGUUGCUGAUGGGGAUUUGGGGGUUGAUGUUGAUCCUGUCGUUGAUGUUGAUCCUGUCGUUGAUGCUGAUUCUGCGGUUGAUGUUCAGGUUGGUGUUGAUCCUGUUGCUGAUUGGGAUUUGACGGUUGAUGUUGAUCCUGUCGAUGAUGCUGUUUCAGCGGUUGAUGUUGAGGUUGGUAUUGAUCCUGUUGCUGAUUGGGAUUUGACGGUUGAUGUUGAUCCUCUCGUUGAUGCUGUUUCAGCGGUUGAUGUUGUUUCUGAGGUUGGUGUUGAUCCUGUAGUUGAUGGGGAUUUUGUGGUUGAUGUUGAUCCUGUGGUUGAUGUUGAUCCUGUCGUUGAUGCUGAUUCUGCGGUUGAUGUUGAGGUUGGUGUUGAUCCUGUUGCUGAUGGGGAUUUGACGGUUGAUGUUGAUCCUGUCGUUGAUGCUGUUUCAGCGGUUGAUGUUGUUUCUGAGUUGAUGGGGAUUUUGUGGCUGGUGCUGAUUCUGCGGUUGAUGUUGAUGCUGUCGUUGAUGUUGGUCCUGUCGUUGAUGCUUAUUCUGAGGUUGGUGUUGAUCCUGUUGCUGAUGGGGAUUUGGUGGUUGAUGUUGAUUCUGUCGUUGAUGUUGAUCCUGUCGUUGAUGCUGAUUCUGCGGUUGAUGUUGAUCCUGUCGUUGAUGUUGGUCCUGUCGUUGAUGCUUAUUCUGAGUUGA